GAGUUUUUGAAGAGGUCGUAAGUGCCCAAGUCCAGUCAGUGCUUAGAUUCCGUCGAGUGCAGUCGUGUCCAGUGUGCGGUGUGAGAUCUCCCUUCCCGAAAGAAAAGCCGGACGUUAAUUAGCUACUUCCCAGCGCAACCCAAGAAAAGAAAACAGCUUCAUCAUGGCGCAAAAGAUCAAGGCCGGUCCCGUCGUCGACAUCCUGGGUGACGAGAUGACCCGCAUCAUCUGGGACUCGAUCAAGGAGAAGCUGAUCCUGCCCUUCCUGGACAUUGAGCUGCACACGUUCGAUCUGGGCAUCGAGCACCGGGACAAGACCGAAGAUCAGGUCACGGUCGACUGUGCCGAGGCGAUCAAGAAGUACAACGUGGGCAUCAAGUGCGCCACCAUCACGCCGGACGAGGCCCGCGUCGAGGAGUUCAAGCUGAAGCAGAUGUGGCGCUCGCCGAACGGAACCAUCCGUAACAUCCUGGGUGGAACCGUGUUCCGUGAGGCCAUCAUCUGCAAGAACGUCCCGCGGUUGGUGCCCGGCUGGGAGAAGCCCAUCGUCAUCGGCCGUCACGCGCACGGUGAUCAGUACAAGGCCACGGACUUUGUCGUUCCCGGUGCCGGUACUCUGGAGCUGAAGUUUACCCCGAGCUCGGGUGGCGAACCCAUCAGCUACGUUGUCAACCAGUACAAGGGACCGGGAGUGGCCAUGGCCAUGUACAAUCUCGAUGACUCCAUCAGGGACUUUGCUCACUCGUCGUUCAAGGUCGCCCUCGAUCGCAAGUUCCCGCUGUACCUGAGCACCAAGAACACCAUCCUGAAGAAGUACGACGGACGCUUCAAGGACAUUUUCCAGGAAAUCUACGAAGCCGAUUACAAGAAGCAGUACGAGGCCGCCGGAAUCUGGUACGAGCACCGUCUGAUCGACGACAUGGUGGCUUACUGCAUGAAGGCCGAGGGAGGAUUCGUGUGGGCCUGCAAGAACUACGACGGUGACGUCCAGUCGGACACCGUUGCCCAAGGUUUCGGUUCGCUUGGUCUGAUGACCUCCGUGCUGGUGUGCCCGGACGGUAAGACCGUUGAGGCGGAAGCCGCCCACGGAACCGUCACCCGUCACUACCGUCAGUACCAGCAGGGCAAAGAAACCUCCACGAACCCGAUCGCGUCGAUCUUCGCGUGGACCCGCGGCCUUCUGCACCGUGCCAAGCUGGACAACAAUGCCGAGCUGAAGAAGUUUGCCGAAACGCUGGAGAAGGUCUGCAUCGACACGAUCGAGUCGGGCUUCAUGACCAAGGAUCUGGCCAUUUGCAUCAAGGGAAUGUCCGGCGUGCAGCGCUCCGACUACUUGGAGACCUUUGAGUUCAUGACCAAGCUCGGGGAUAAUUUGAAGGCGGCUCUGGCCUAAGUCUGCAGCGUCGGCGGCGGCACAACACUACGGUUCCGUUUUUGGGGGCAUUUAUCGUACGUUUGUAUUCUAGGGUAAGCGGGAUUGAAUUACUCUGAGUGGAAGUCCUUUCUUGUAAUUGUGAGAUUGUCUCAGAUAACUUUGGAAAUUGAAAUAAACACGUUUAUACUGAAAUUUAA